GCGCACGGAGAGUUUGCGAGCACGCAUGGGGGUCUCUCCCUUUCCGGCUGUCCAUGGCCUCCUCGCCCCGGCGGGCAGCUCCAAGACUCUGCCAAACCUCCCUGAUCUCCCUUUUGCCUCUCUCUACCUUUCCUGUGAAGAAACAAGCCGGCGUUACGUCAGAAAGUGCAGGGCAAGCAACACUGCGUCUUAGGAGCUAUUCGUAGGCAUUGCUGCCAAACCCGGCUUGGGGCUGCUCACGGGCUCACUGCAGCCAAUGCAAUUUACAAAUCCAACUCAUUUAAAACUGCAGCAGUAUGUGGUCUCUGUUGCUGGCACAAUUGCGCAAAAACCCCAACAGUUAAAGCGCUUUAAAGAUAAGAGGAAAGUAGGCUGGUUUGCCCCGUAGCCUCACUGACAACACCAUGACAUGAUGAGGCAACAGAGAUUUCUGCAGCAUUUUUUGUGUUUGAUUCUUUGCUGAUCUAAAAAAAAAAAAAAAACAAACAACAUGCCCCACGCUCGAAAUAGGAACCCAAGCCCCAUCCCGGAGGUAACAUGGGACACGGGAUUGAAGGAGAUGAACGAGACCUGGAAAGGAGCUAUCGCCUGUCUCGGGGUGGCCGUCUUCUUCGUAAUGACCAUCGGGAUCAUAUACUGGCAAGUGGUGGACCAGCCCAACAAGAACUGGAUCCUCAGGGGGACUUUUAGCGGACUGAUCUGGGAGAGGAGAACCCACUCGCUGGUCAUACAGACCCUGGCGGAGGACAAGACCUUUGUGGAGAUAGAUGUCGGGAACGUGGGGAACCCCGACGCCGAGGUUCCCUUCGUGAGGAACCUGUGCUGGCUGAACAAGACGGAGUUCUGUUAUACGUGGGACGCGGUGGCCGAGGUGAAGAUCUCGCUGGAGGUGAAUGAAGAGACGGAGACUGAGUGCUACAGCAUGACUUGGGCGCCGGUGCACUGUCAUGUGGAGCUGAAGGACUGCUUCUCUAUGACCAAUGUAUCCUGGUACGGCGGAGCCAGUGUCCGGGGUCAGACGUGGCCCAUCAACGAUCAGAACGCCACCAUGCAGCCCUUUGUCGUCAGCGACCUGAAGGACAAUCCUUCUGGCUUCGGCUCUUCCCUGGAACGCUACUUCCUGGGUUCAUCAGGUGUUGCGGUCCUCGUGUCCCCCGACAUCCCCCUGCAGCUCGGGGUGGACAGCAGACAGCAGUUCUGCCUGCAGUCACUGCCCAGUAUGGAGCGUCUCCCUCUGCAGUACACCGUGUGUGUGGCCCGCGACGUGAAAGCUGCUCACCAGGAAGCCGUGCAACAGCUCUCCCAGCCCGGCAGGGAGCUGCCCAACAUGAAAGCGCUGUGGCUGCCGUUCUGGAAGCUGCUCACUAACGUGGACUCGGGCCCGAAGGUGGAGAGGGAGCUGAGGAUAUUCUCCAAUCGUCUGAGGAGACACCGGCUGGGGGAGGGAGUCAUCAGCCUCAAUGAACAUUCCACCACCCUCCUCUCUGAUAUGGACCAUGACUACCUCAAAGUCAGGAAAAGGGGGAUGUCCAAGAGACUGACCAGGGACCUCCCGCUUGUCAAGCUUCUUAACAUUUCCAUCACCCUGUCCCCUUUCCUGGGCGUGGACACCACACAGUUCCACACCUCCCUCAUGGACGGCACAGAGGCCUACUGGCUCAGCCUCCCCUCAGCCCCUCAGGGACAACUGGUCCCGGUCAUGAGUCAGUGGCGAGGGAAGUUCUGCGUGAAGCUGAACAUCACCAACCCGGGAGCGGUGAGCUGGUUCCUGGACAGAGUGGGAUCCCUGCAGGCCCAACUGGGGAUGGAGUACAUCGUGCUGGAGGGGGGUGAGGGGAACGUGUUUGAGAAGCAGACCCUGCGGCCACCACAGGAUUUGAGUGGAGACAAGUAUAUCAGCCUUCUUGCUGACCUGGCCACAAGGAUGGGAGACUCCACCAUCGUGACGGCAGGGACACGGUCGAGCUACAAGCCGCUGUUUGUGAGGAUGACCCCCCUGCAGUCCGACUGGAGCCCGAUGGGCCUGAAGGGCAUCAUUCCCUCCCUGCUGCACCACACUGUGCUGGGAUACAACUUCCUCAUUCCUGAUGCAGUAGGUGGCUCUCUGUCUGGAGACCUGGUCACAGAUGAGGAGUUGUUCAUCCGUUGGUUGGAAAUCGCAGCCUUCCUCCCUGUAAUCAGCUUCCACACGCCCCCCUGGGUCUGCGGGGAGGACCGGGUGCUCAACCUAACCCGGACCUACAUAGCAAAGCACCAGAGGGAUGUGGUCCCGCUGAUAGAAGAGUGCGCUGAGGAGUGGCGGAUGACGGGAAACCCCAUCUACCGGCCGAUGUGGUGGCUCAGUCCCAUUGACCCCAUGACCUUCACCAUCAAUGACCAGUUCCUCAUCGGAGACAAGGUCCUGGUGGCACCGGUGGUGGAGCAGGGGGCGGUGCAGAGGGAUAUUUAUCUACCUGACGGGGGCUUCCAGUGGCAAGACAGCCGGAACGCUCAGGUGUUUGACGGGGGGACGUUCCUACAGGACUACCCUGUGCCCUUGGAGGAGGUGGCUGUUUUCUUACGGAGAAGCUGAGUCGUGUGAAUGAUCCGCCCGAACCUCACCUGACUUAUCCUGUUACUGUUUUGAAUCAAAUUCUUUUUCUUUUCUUUUUUUUUUUUUAAAUACUUGUGCUGUUCUAAACUUGCACUUUUCCACUAAAGACCAUUGACCCUGUCUCAAGACUUGAGAUGAUAUGUAGAAAGUUUUUUUUUUUUAUACUUGCACUUUACAGUUCAAAAUUAUUCGUAUGGUUUUUAUCCUUUGUGAUGAUUGUUCUUCCUUUUUUAAAAAUGUUCAUUGGUUUUACCUCUCGGCUGAUUUGUUUCUGGACUUUUUUCCUGCCUCUUUUUUGUUUUGUUUUCGGGGGGUAUGUAACUUCAGAGGAAUCUGUGCGUUUACAUACUGAAUUUCUACAGUCUUUAAUUUUUUUAGUUGCUGCUGGCUCUCUUGAUAAGGAGGAACAAAGCAAGCGCCUUGUUUGCUUCAAAAGAAUCUGAAUCUCUCAAGAAGACCAAAUGAAGAUAUAGUCGGACAGGGGAAGACGUUUGAACGGGAAAACGCUCACUGGGAUGAAGUUAGCUCACAGGAACCGACGCUCCGUGGUACCGUAUGUCUUGCUCACCCAUUGGAAAGGCCUUUACUUGAACUUGUCAGGCCAAAGGGCUGGUGUUUUUAUGAAUGUACCUCAAGUUAUGGUUUUUCACUGCUUUGCAGAGUCAUCACACACGACGACCUUUUCACCCCUUUAGCACUUAUUCUUAGAAUAUCUUAAAUUAAUGAAAAAUCAACAUACCACUCUGUUGGACACCUCUGGAUGUCCUUUAGUACUGUAGGCCACAAGAAGUUGAGGCCAUGCUACUGUCAAUGUAACUCUGACUAUAUUUGAAUUUACAUUAGAUUGAAAUUUACUAACCUGCUGUAGUCAGGGCUUUUAAACGAGCUGCUUCUCUUUAAAUAACUGUUGUGUUGAUAUGUUCUUUCGUCAGUGCCAGAGGAAGUGCUAAAGAAAGCCUUGUUGACACAACACUACGGAUGUGGAAAGGAUAUUUAAGAUAAAUAGUGUUGACAUUUUAUGGACUUAUUUGCUUCUCAUGCAGAGGGUUAGAUGAGACGACCGAUGACGCUGAGUGUAGAGACAGGAAAACUGCCGCUCUGGUCUCGAUCUAACAAAAUCUGACAACCAGCAUAAUGGUGUCUGGUUUAUUUAAUCCUUUGGUUUUAUGCUAAGCUAGGCUAACUGUCUCCUGUCUGUAGCUUUUCCAGAAAGAUACGAGCAUGAUCUCAAACUUCUCUUCAAACUCUCAACAAAAAGGUGGAAACUGUGUGUUUCCUAAAUCAUCAAACUGUUCCUCUAAUAGGACAGAAUUUGGGCUCUUGAAACCCUAGAGGACAUAUGUCCAAUGCUCUCCGAAGUAUAUUGCAGCCAUGUUUGAUUUACCUGAUGUUUAAAGUCACUGAGGUGCAUAAACCUUCAGUAAUUUGUAAAAGUAAUUACAUUGCUGCCGUCAUGUGAACCUACACAUAUCCUUCACUUUGGACUGAUCUCACAUUCACUUCCAUGGAAAAGAAAAUGAGAUCUAAAUCAGAUAACUGAUUUUAUUUUAAGACAAUAUUGAACUAGUAGGCACUCAGUGCAAACCUCCGCCAGGGCCCAACAUUCCCUUAUUAAAACCACUAGAUCCUGAUUGUUAUUUAGAUCUGCACCAAAUACCACACACUCAUAAUUUUCAGGCCCCUUAAUUAAAAAAACAUGAAUUACUCGACGAAAGUGUUAAAAAUCUCAUUUAGAGGGUUCUUUCCUGACCCACACCACAUCCUUCCUCCAAGUUUCACGAAAAUCCGUCCAGUCAAACGCAGAUGAAAACCUAACCCCUCUGGCGGAGGUAAAAAUCAGCCCACCGACAAAUCCAACAACCUUUGCACCACGACACGACGCUGUGUGUACAGUUAGCGAACAGACAGUGCUUCUCCUGAUUGAUUUGUUCUUCACGAGACAAUCUUAACUAACAGUGAUGAUCCUGGCUGCAGAUUUAUAACUUAGCAAACGCUUUACCACUAAACUCACUGUGUAACUUUUAACGAGUUUACUGUAUCGACUCCAAACACUCAGGUCUAACUGAAGCUUAUCAAAUCACCGAAUGUCUUAGUGCAACGCAGUAAGUUGUGAACACGUCAACGUCUUAAUCUCUCCUGGAGCUGAAUGUACAAUGGACAAACUGUGACUCCCCCCCACCCCCUCCGCAGAGCUCCUUCUCGUGUGAGGAGCUUUUCUAGCUCCCGUUCUGAUGCUUUUUAUGGAACGCUGUCGUAUAUUCACGUUGAAGUUGCAGGAAAACGCUUUGUUGUGUUUUUAUUCCUUCCCUCCGCAGACUGAGUGAACACGACGCCAUGUGCCUUAACAUGCCACUCUUACGUCUGGACAAUGCAAGUGUCUGGAUUAUUGCAGAAUCAGCAAUGUACAUAUUACGAUGACUGUGCCAUUACAAGUGUUUUUUUUUUCUCUUCUGUAAAUCAGAGAACUUAGAAUGACAACGUUGCAAUAAAGUUUACAUUUUCUUACUUCACUCCCUCGUCUCGUUCAGUUCGUGCUUGGUUAACGACAGCGUAGUUGUCUAUGUUAGAAUUGAACCAUGGGCCAUUAGUUUUUAUUUUUAUUAUGUAAAAUGUGCCUUUGUGUGUUGGACUGUACAGGCAGUGACACCA